AUGCCGAGUCCCUCGCGGGCUGGCUGGGCUGGCUGGGCUGUCCUCGGCGGCAGGGCCUUCUGCCCCCCCCCGCUCUGCUGUCUUGGGCUCGGUAGUGUGUCCCUGCGAGGCCGGGACCGCAGCAUCCGCACCGCGGCCGCGGCGUUCAAGCCACCACUCUCUAUCAGCCUCGCACUGGGAUACCUCCGGCUCGUCCUGCGAGUCCUUCCCAUCUCGACUGCCGCCUCGCAUUCAACCGCCAUCUGCGAUUCGCCUCUGGCCCCGAGCCUUGUCGCUUGGGUGCGCAUCGCCCUCGGCUCCAUUCGGACGACCCCGGCCUUCCGCGGCCCGUGCGGCGUGCUUUUGCCCCCGUCUGUCUGGCUCCGGUGCCGAUAA